UUCUGCUUAAAUGCAUACGGAUAUUAUAAUUGGUGAUCAAUUUGCCGCCAACAAUAAUUAUUGGGUGAUGCAGUCGCCGGAACUGGACUAUCGGCAUGAGCUGAUGGGACGUCUCCAUAAAAUCGAACCGGCCGAUGUUGAACUGGAAGUAUUGGCUGCUACAGCGACUGUGGCCACCAAUAGUAAUAGUAACAACAACAGCAAUUCGAGCACAACACCCACCAACAGCAAUAAUGUAGUCUCAGCCCAUCAGCAGCAGCAGCAGCCACAGCAACAUCAUCAUCAGCAAUAUCAUCAACACCUGCAUCAUCAUUCCCAUCAGCAUCAUCAUCAGCAUCAUCAUCAGCAUCAACAUCAGCAUCAUCAUCAGCAUUUGCAUCAGCAUUCGCAUAGUUUGCAGAGCGGUGAGAGUGACAACGACUCGUCGUGGCAAUUGCCAUCAUCAGCGAGUUAUGCCAGUGAUCAGCCUCAGCAACAGCAACAACAACCCGCCGGCUCACCUAAUUCAAACUCAAAUUCCGCCUAUGGCUGUACACCGUUAUACGAUGGAGCGCCCUACGAUGUGGCAUUGGCUUAUAGUGCGUCAAGCGGCGGUGGUGGUGCUGCUGGAGGAGGCAGCGGCGGUGGAGGAGCAGGUGGUAAUGGUGGUGGUACUACGGGCAGCACAAGCAGCGACAAGGAAUAUUUGUAUGAAACCAAAAACAAAGAGGCUCUCUACGCGGAUCCAUUGGACGAUCCCUAUCAGCGGCCAGUUUUAUGGGAUGAUAUUGCUACCUCAAUACAAAAUAUUGAUCCCGAGAAUGCGCUCAUGUUGAGUGCAAGUAAUGGCAAUAGUGGUGGUGGCAAUAGUAAUAGCAGCAACAAUAACAACAACAACAAUACAAGUGCCAAUAAUAACAACAACAACAAUGGGGACAAUGCCACAUCUCAGUUGCCGCAGGUCAAAAUGGAAGCAAUAGAUGAUACUCUGCUGGAAACUUUCUCGACACCAUUGCUCAGUCCCCUGGAGAUAAAAACAGAAAAGCGACAACACCAACACCAACACCAGCAGCAGCAGCAACACCUUCAACACCAACAACAACAUCAACAGCAUCAGCAAUUGCAAUACCAGCAACAACAGCAGCAGCAACAGCAACAACAACAACAACAGCAACACUAUCAGCAACAUUAUCAACAGCAACAGCAACAUUUGUACCAGCAUCAUCCAAGCCUGGCGCUGUCUGGUCUGCCACCCGCUGCUGAUGUCGUUGAAUUGCAUUUGCAACAGCAACAACAUCAACACCAGCAACAGCAACACCAGCAGCAACACCAUCAGCAGCAGCACAGUGGCAGCAAUAGCCCAAAGCUGUUAGCCACCAGCGACAGCAGCAACUCCACCUCCUCCUAUCAGCAACAAUACGCAUCUCAAUUGACCAGCGGAUCAACUGUUGGCUAUCUGAACGGUAGCAAUGGCAAUACCACCACCAGCAGCAACAGCAGUUCAACAGCCAUCAGCAGCAGUUAUGGCUAUAGCUGGCAUAGCAGUCAGACCUUUCAUACCAAAUACCAAAUACACCCGCCAUCUGGAUUAAGUGCCUCAUCGACAGUCACACCAUCAACAACUGCCACGCCCACAGCUCAACUUGGUGCUCAACAGCAAUUGCAACAACUUUGCCCACCAGCCGCACCUAGUACACCAUCUGCCACAUCAGCCGCCUCUUCCUCCUCCUCGUCAUCGUCAUCGGCGGCAACAGCAGGAGCCACACGUCACAUGUUUGUGCCUCCAUUGACGCCACCCAGCUCAGAUCCCGGCAGUCCCGGCAGCUCCAUGGUGGCAGCAGCUGCUGCUGUCGCUCAGGCUCAAAGGCGCACCACACCACCGCCUCCGUAUCAGCAAGGUCAUGGUGGCCUGGCUGGUUUAGCUGGCCUAGGCCUUUGUCCUAGUCUAGUGAAUCCAGCGCCAACAUUGCAAUUACUUGGUGGUGGUGCUGGCACCACCACAACCACGCUCACCAAUCUAACACCCGCCACACAUGCAACAGCCCCAUCAGCUGUGAUUGGUCUUGCAUCCGGUUUACAGCAGCAAUCAUCGGUGGUGCAGCAGCAGCAGCAGCAGCAACUGCCAGGAGCAUCACAAUCAGCAUCAGCAGCAUCCGCACCACCCCCACCAUCAGCGACAACAACAACAACGGGUCGACGUGGCCGGCAUUCGCAUCAUCAGCCAGGCACUCCGGCCCAUAUUGCCAGCCUGAUGAGUGUGCGAACGGUGCGAUAUAAUCGGCGCAACAAUCCAGAGCUGGAGAAGCGUCGCAUCCAUCACUGUGAUUUUGUGGGUUGUUCAAAAGUCUAUACGAAAAGCUCACAUUUAAAGGCGCAUCAAAGGAUUCAUACUGGCGAAAAACCUUAUACCUGCCAGUGGCCCGAAUGUGAAUGGCGUUUUGCCCGCUCCGACGAAUUGACGCGACACUAUCGGAAACACACUGGUGCCAAGCCCUUCAAAUGCAUCGUAUGCGAACGUAGCUUUGCGCGAAGUGAUCAUUUGGCAUUGCAUAUGAAACGGCAUUUGCCGAAAAAUAAAUGAGAAAAAUGAGAGACGACAAAGGGGAAGCUGAAGCAGAAGAAGUUGCGCAGAGAAGCAAAAACAUCAACUAUACCACAAUCCAAAGGACUUUAGUUUA